AUAAACCUAAGAAAAAAGUAAUGGGAAGACAGUUACGAGAAGAAAAUGCUUACUCAAACAUCGAGCUGCAUCCAGCUAGUUCAGGCUUUCAAAGAAGCAGAAGUUCUGGGCCUUGCAAGCCAAGCCUGGUAAUUGAAACCCAGCAGAAAAUUGAGAAAACCAAAAAGAGGCUUAACCGUAGUCUCUCUAGAAGGAGAAAGGAACUGGUAGUCCCUACCAACUUCAUGAUAAAGUACGACCCUCCUAAAAUUGGAGUCAAGUAUGAAAGCAAGGGUAAACCUGGCAAGUUCAAGGUGAAGAGCAUCACCUUAGCGCACUUGAAGAAGCCUGGCGUCGAUUCUUCUAGAGUGGUCGAUGACCUCUUCAAAUGCUAUUCAAAAUAUUUCCACAAGAAACACACUGAAAAGGAUGAUGUCAAGAUCCUUAUCGACAAGAUCAUCGCUUACCACUCUAAGCUUAGAACUCAGAGAGAAAGCAAGGCUAAGUUAAGUGAACUUUCAAGAAACAUGGAAGAGAAUUCUCCUGCUCGCAUUGAAAAAUCAGACUUCAACUCGAACAAGUACAUCAAGAGUAAGAGGAACAUGUCCUGCUUCAAGACUGAAGGAAAUCAAUUAGACUCAAUAUUUGACAAAAAGAGAGCAAGGAAAUUAACUGAUUCCUUCACCGACUCUAAAGAGGAGGAUGUGAAAGCUGACUCGGUGAAUCCCACCAGGGCCAAAAUGACCAGCAAAGAGAUUGCUCUCAUUAAAGGAAAGAUGUACCGUGAGUUGUCAUUCUUUAAUCACAAGACUCAUCGUCAGAGCUCUCAGAUUCCUUCAACCGUUGACAACUCUUCAACAUCAACGGAAAGCGAGAAUGUGUCCAACUUCAAGACCUUCAGAAAAGAAGAAGACCUUAGUUCGAAAUUGAAAAAUUUUGGAAAUGAGUCUAUCCAGAAGGCUAAUUUAUACAAAUCUUUCAGUUGCGAGAAGGUAAAGUCUAGGAAGGUCCAACUAAAGAAGGAGCAGAUCAUUUUCAAGCCAGAUUUUCCUUCACCUGUUGACUCCAACAGGCUUUAAUAAUUUUAGAUAAUUCAUUAGGAACAUAU